CCGGCGGCGUGCAAGGCGGCCAGACCGCCGCACCCAGGGGCAGGUGCAGAGGCGGAGCACACGCUCGUAAGUGGAGGAGCCUGCCGACAACCCGCUGGGGCGGUGUGCAUCGCACGGAGCCUGAAGAUCAGAACGCGGCACCAUGUCGGCCAUGAACGAGACCACGUUUACGGUGCAAACGGGCGGCGACAACGACGCCAUGCAGGUGCCCGACGGCAUCGAGACGGUGGUGGUCAACGACAACGCCGAGCGCGUCAUCGUGCCGGCUGGCGUCGAGGUCAUCCGCCUGCAGAUGCCGAAGGGCGGCGGCGGCGGUCAGCGAAGCCGCAGCCGCAGCCGCAGCCGCAGUCCCGACUGGAGCACGCGCGCCUCCAGCGGCCGCAGCGAAAGCCCCAGCUCCUACGGCGACAUGAUCGACGAGCUGGUGCGCGCCAAGCGGUCGACCGUCAGCGAGGCGGUGCAGGCGUCGCCGGCGGCCGUCAGCGAGGCCGUGCAGACGCCGCGCGCGCCGGCUAAGGUCGAGAAGUCGCUCUCGCUGCCGAGCGUGCCGGCCACGCCGCCCGGCUCGCGCACGGAGGGCACCGAUGUGCCCGACUUCAGGCCGGCGGCACGGCCGCCGCCGCUGGCCGCGCCCGAGCGCGACGCCUUCGACGACCGCACGCUCGAGGUGGGCAGGAAGCGCGACAUCUUCGACGACCGCACACUCGAGGUGGACAAGAAGCGCGUCAUCGGACAGCAGCCGGCCGGCAUCGCCUAG